CCACGUUAAAUGGAAAAUUCAUAUACAGCGGUAUAAAAAGAAAUAGAAGAAAAUGAGGUGCUACGUGAAACCAAGUAAUCUUCUAAAAUGGAACCAAGGGCAAAAUCCGUACAAAACAUGGCGCCAUGGCGGAUUCAUCAAAUUCGCCGUCGAUUUUCUGUACUCCGGCCACGCUUCGGUGGGGAAGAAUCUGAUUUUUCAGAAACGCAACAUGAAGACGAAUAUCCGACUUAUUCUGUUCCCACUUGUCAUAUGUUUGUUGCUUGUUCUCAUCCAAAAAACGGUGAAUAGUCAAUUAGAUAAGCACUCGUUAAGGUGCGGCUGCAUUUGUGUUGAUACAGGAAAGGGAAAAUGUGAAAAAACGUGUGGGAUCGAAUACUCAAAUUUGGACCAAGUGUUCUUUUGUCCCAUUCCUCAUCCUACAGAAUGGCCUCUGUUAUUACAAGUGCCAGCUCAGCAGUUUCGUGCUGUUAGAACUGGAGAUACAUGCAAGAAAACAGGUUCCUGUCCUGUAACUAUGCUUAUUACCGGCAAUAACCAAACAUUUGGUCAAUCUGUGUCUGGAAACAUGUUCUCGAGGCCAUUAAAUAUAAAUUCCUCGGAUAUUCUGCACAGCUUAGCAGAUAAUGCCUUGGGUUCGGGAACAACGUCUCGGUAUACUAAUUUUCUUGAUGCUGCUUUUCUUUCAAAUGCUCCCAUUGAUCUUCUUCAACCUCAAUGCUCACCAGAUUCUCAAUUUUCUGUUGUUAUUCAGUUAGGUUCUGCUACAUUGCAAAAAGAUGUACGUUGCACUCAAGGCUUACAAUUGUGGCGCAAUAGUUCUUCCGAGAUCAAUGAUGAGAUAUACAAGGGUUACCGUAAUGGGAAUUCGGAAAGAAAGAUUAAUGAGAUUUUAGCAGCUUACGAUUUUGCAAAUUCAAAUGAUAAUCUAUUCAAUGUUACGGUAUGGUAUAAUUCUACGUACAAGAACAACACGGGGGAUCAACCUCCUGCCUUGACACGUGUGCCUCGUUCAAUAAAUUUGGCUUCAAAUGCCUAUCUCCAAUUUCUGCUUGGACCAACUGCGAAAAUGCUGUUCGAGUUUGUGAAAGAAAUGCCAAAGCCCGAAACGCAACUUAGGCUGGAUUUCUCUUCUCUACUUGGGCCACUCUUCUUUACAUGGGUUAUUGUGCAGCUGUUUCCUGUUGUUCUAAUAUCUUUGGUUUACGAGAAAGAGCACAAACUAAGAAUUAUGAUGAAAAUGCACGGGCUCGGAGAUGGACCAUAUUGGAUGAUAUCUUACGCUUAUUUUCUAGCAAUAUCUUCCAUCUACAUGCUAUGUUUUGUGAUAUUUGGCUCAGCCAUCGGGUUAAACUUCUUCAGACUAAAUGAUUAUAGCAUCCAUUUUGUGUUUUACUUCCUCUACAUAAAUUUGCAAAUCUGUUUGGCUUUUCUUGUUGCUGAUUGGUUUUCGUCGGUGAAGACUGCUACAGUCGUGGGGUACAUGAUGGUAUUUGGAACUGGGCUCUUGGGUGGCUUCCUUUUCCAGUUCUUUCUCCAAGAUUCUUCGUUUCCAAAAGCAGGUAUAAUUGCUAUGGAGUUAUUUCCAGGGUUUUCCCUUUAUCGUGGGUUAUACGAGUUCUCACAGUACGCCUUUACUGGAAAUUUUAUGGGAAGUGAUGGAAUGCGAUGGAAAGAUUUAAACGAUAGCAAUAACGGAAUGAGAGAGGUCUUAAUCAUCAUUGCAGUCGAAUGGUUGGUUGUUCUUUGUGUUGCAUAUUAUGCAGAUCAAGUAGUGUCGUCUGGAAAAAAUCCCCUAUUUUUCUUGCGGAAGAAGCAAACGACUCUUCAAUUGUCUUUCCGUAAACCUAGCUUGCGAAGGAAGGGUUCUAAAGUUUUUGUUCAGAUGGAGAAGCUUGAUGUUGACCAAGAGAGGGAGAAGGUCGAGCAGUUACUACUGGAAUCAAGUACAAGUCAUUCAAUUAUAUGCAAUAAUCUCAAAAAGAUAUAUCAAAGUAGGGAUGGAAAUCCCGAGAAAUUUGCAGUAAGAGAGCUCUCACUUGCUUUGCCGGAAGGAGAAUGCUUUGGCAUGCUUGGUCCUAAUGGUGCUGGCAAAACUUCAUUCAUCAACAUGAUGAUUGGGCUCAUAAAGCCGAGCUCUGGAACUGCAUAUGUUCGAGGAUUAGAUAUACGCACUGAUAUGGAUAAAAUAUAUACCAGCAUGGGUGUUUGUCCCCAACAUGACUUGUUGUGGGAAACUUUAACAGGACGAGAGCACCUAUUUUUCUAUGGAAGGCUUAAAAAUCUCAAAGGUGCUGCCCUAACACAAGCAGUGGACGAAUCUCUUAAGAGUGUGAACUUAUUUCACGGUGGGGUGGCAGACAAAAAAGCAGGGAAAUAUAGUGGAGGCAUGAAGAGGAGACUCAGUGUCGCCAUUUCACUUAUCGGAGAUCCAAAAGUGGUGUAUAUGGAUGAGCCGAGUACUGGAUUGGAUCCUGCUUCAAGAAACAUGUUGUGGAACGUAGUCAAACGUGCUAAACAAAAUAGAGCUAUAAUUCUCACCACGCAUUCAAUGGAAGAGGCAGAACAUUUAUGUGACCGUCUCGGAAUUUUUGUGGAUGGAAGCUUGCAAUGUGUCGGAAACCCUAAAGAGCUCAAGGCUAGAUACGGAGGAUCGUAUGUAUUCACGAUGACAACAUCUCCGGCUCACGAGGAAGAGGUAGCAAAUUUGGUACAUCAACUCUCCCGAAAUGCCACAAAGGUAUAUCAAAUCUCAGGUACACAAAAAUUCGAGUUGCCAAAAAACGAGAUAAGAAUAGCAGAUGUGUUUGAAGCAGUCGAGAACGCAAAGAGUAGAUUCACUGUUCAGGCAUGGGGCCUAGCAGACACGGCAUUAGAGGAUGUCUUUAUUAAGGUUGCAAGAGGGGCUCAAGCAGUCAGCACUCUCUCGUGAUAACACGAUGAAGCCAAUGUAUGAUUAGUUAAACUCAUGCUUGAUAGUUAUGGAAUAUUCAAAUCGAUUGUGUAAUUAUGCACUGAUAUUCCAUUCAAUGUGUUUCAAGUAGGUCUGGUUUGUAUCGAGAGUUUAUAAUGUGAAAUUAAUUUAUAAUCCAAUCUGCCUCGUGUCUUUUUGUCUA